UUUGCUAGAUGUCCGAGUGUGCCUCCUUCCUUUGCAAGUCGUUAAAUUUAUAGGCAAAAUCAAACAUAAUCAUUUGAAGAAUAAAUAAUAUUGGUGUGAAUUAUUGAGAAGAAAGUGUUCGAAAGAUAUUUUGAGAAGAUACGAGGGCGAAUAAAAAUGAUGUAAACGAGGGCGAAUAAAAAGUUGUCAAUUUUUACGAUCUGUGCUACGUCAUAUUAUAUUGGCUUUGUCAAGUUCCUUCUGGGAAAACAAAUUCGGGGAAAUAACUACGAUUCUUGACUUUCGUUUACUUCUUGGUGACAUUGUCUCGUCUUUUUAAUCAAAAAUUUAUAUUUUGACAAAGCCAAUCACAGUUAUCAUGAGUGAUGGCGGCCAGGGAAGGGGACGCAGAGGGAAAGGACGAGGAAAAAAUAAAGGUGGACGAGGAAGAGCUGGACAACAACAGCAAAGACAAAGUCAAAGUACGCCAGGUGGUUUACAAGAACGUCAAGAGGAAAGUGUAGCUUUAGCUACUGAACAUAGAGGACCACAGCAACAACAACAACAUCCAGCGCAACGUGAUGAACGACAACAGUCACAAAGACAACAGCCACAAAGAUUUCAUCCACAAGGACAACAGCCACAAGGACAACAGCCACAAGGACAACAACCACAAGGACAACAGCGGCAAGGACAACAGCGACAAGGACAAGAGUCACAAGGACAACAGCCACAAGGACAACAGCCACAAUCACGAAAACAACGCAGACAACAACAGCAGAAACAACAACGUGAGGGGAGAUUGCCUAGUAACGAUCAAGCUGAUGGUGCAGCUUUUAGUAGAUCACAGGAAAAACCUUCUACACCACAAAACCUCCCGAAGACCCAACCAUCAACUCAACCAUCUAGCCCACCACAACCAGCACCGUCUGAACCUUUACCACCACAAGCCCAAACUCCCCAGGGAGCAGUUAAACCAGACAGACCCAGUCAAAUAAAAACCGUUCCUCCCAAGUCCAGUAAAGGUGUACCCAAGCCACCUCAUCGACCAGAUGCAGGAGGUAGAUCGGGACGACGCAUUAACCUCAGAGUAAAUUUUAUUCCUUUUAAACUCACUACUGAGGAUAUUCAUCAUUAUCAUUCUGACAUCAAAGAAAAAGGAAAAAAAAGUGAAGAAGGAUUCACAAGGUCAGAAAGACCAAAAAUUCUACUGAAAGCUCAAGAAACGUAUGACAAAGAUAACCCAAGAGGUCCCAAGUGGGUGUAUGAUAAAAAUGGUAAGAAUAUCUAUUGUAGGAAAAAAAUUCCUGGUUUUGAGUCAGGUCAACAAUACACAGUACAGUUUACAACAGAUAACGGCAAAGAAAAAACGUUUAUUGUUGAUAUUAAAUGGGUUGCUUAUUGUAGCCUUUAUGAACUAAACGAAUUACUUGAAGGCCGACGUACUGAAAUUCCUUAUGAUACUUUACAAGCUAUUGAAGUUGUUAUACAACAAAUGCCAAAAAUGAGAACAAUACAAGUUCGUUCUUCAUUUUUUGACUAUCCAAGUGGUCGUGAAAGAGAUCUUGGAGGAGGUAUACAAGUCUGGAAUGGUACAUUUCUCAGUAUUCGACCAACUCAGUGGAAAAUGAUGUUAAAUGUUGAUACAAGUUCAACUGGUUUUUACAAAGCUCAGCCUGUUAUUGACUUCAUGUGUGAAUUUCUUAAUUUAAGAAACUUACCUAGAUCAUUAGAUGCGAGGCAAAGAAUGAAAUUUGCUAAGGAGAUUAAGGCCAUCAAAGUGGAAACAACUCACAUGAAAAGAAAGCAAAAGGCAAGUGGUCUAUCCAACAGAUCAGCUAAGGAAGAGACAUUUGACUGUGAUGGUCGCAAACUCACUGUGCUUGAUUAUUUUAGAAACACAUAUAAUAUAAGUUUAAGACAUCCAGAUCUUCCAUGUGUAAAAAUUGGUCAAAAGGGAAGUCUCAUUCCAAUGGAACUUUGCAAUGUAGUUUGUGGUCAAAAGAAACAGGGAAGGCUCACUGGACGGCAAACACAACAGAUGAUUCGUAGUACAGCUAUUCCAGCACCAGACAGAAUGCAAAAAAUCAUGGAAUUGAUUAGAAAACUUCGAUUUGAGCAAGAUCCUUAUUUACAUGACUUUGGUUUCAGCAUUGGUAAUGAACUUAUUGGUAUACAAGGUCGAGUCCUAGAUCCUCCUUCCAUGAUGUUUGGUCCUAAUAAUCGACCGAGCCAAGAGGUGCCUAGAGAUGGUGCAUGGAAGAUUACAAAGAAAAUGCUCGACCCUAAGGAAUUAAGGGAAUGGGCACUGAUUUCAUACAAGAAAAGACAACCAGGUCGUGGAAGAGGUCCUGACCAUUUAGACAACCAAGGUAUGGAUAAUCUUAUCUACUAUUUAAUAGAAGUUGGCCGUGAGAAAGGUGUAAAUGUUGGAGAUCCAUGUCAUGUGUCACUGGAAACUGACUUAAAUGGGAUUGACAAGUUGUUUGGUAGCCUGAAAGCUAGGUAUCCCAAUCUGCAGUUAAUAGUUGUUGUCUUACCAGUGGAUGGAGAUGAUUUCUAUGAAGAAGUGAAGCAUUGUGGUGAUGUUGUCCAUGGAAUCAUUACACAGUGUAUUAAAGUUGAGAAAGCUAGUGAUGAUUUCUCAGACUGGAGAAAGAAGGAAACGUUGGUUAAUUUGUGGCUUAAAAUGAAUGCCAAACUUGGUGGGACAACGAGUGCUUUGGAUAAGGCCAUGAAAUCUCCAAUUUUGAAACGACCUGUGAUCAUUUUUGGUGCUGACGUGACCCAUCCAGGUGCUGGGAAUAAAUCAAGUCCCUCAAUUGCUGCUGUUGUAGCCAGUAAAGACUCAUACCCAACCCUCUACAAUGCUGAGGUUCGUGUCCAAAAACACAGACAGGAAAUGAUUGAGGAUUUGAAAGAAAUGACAAAGACAUUGUUGAAAAAGUUUAGAUCAUCUACCAAAGCCAUUCCUGAAAAGAUUUUAUUUUAUCGAGAUGGUGUUAGCGAGGGUCAAUUUCAAGAUGUCUUGAUUAACGAGUUAUCAGCCAUCCAAAGAGCUUGUCUUGAACUUCAAGCAGGCUGGACACCUGCCAUAACCUUUAUUGUGGUCCAAAAAAGACAUCAUGCCAGAUUCUUUGCAACAGAUCCUAAAGAUCAAAAAGGCAAAAGUAGAAAUAUUCCAGCAGGCACAGUUGUUGAUACACAGAUAUGUCAUCCGUACGAGUUUAAUUUCUACCUGUGUAGUCAUGCUGGUAUCCAAGGCACAAGUAAACCAGCUCUUUAUCAUGUAUUGUACGAUGACAGUAACUUCACCUCAGAUGACUUACAGAUUCUUACCAAUCAAUUGUGUUAUACAUACGUACGUUGUACCAGGUCCGUGUCUAUUCCUGCGCCUGCGUAUUAUGCCCAUCAUGUUGCAUUCAGAGCAAGACAUCAUCUCAAGAUGGACAGUGAAACUGAAGGAAGCACUAUUUCCGAUGACGAACCUAAGGAGGUUACAACAGAACAAAGAAAUCUUGUCAGGGUCCAUCCAAAUGUUAACUGUUCUAUGUACUUUGCUUAAAGUUACUUUAUAUUCUUACCUUCUUCUGAUGGGGCUAAUCCUUGACAAUGAUUUAUUCAGGAUUAAUUUUAAAUCAAAUCUGUCGAUUUGCUUCCAUUUUAGUUGUAGUGCUAGUUUAGUACGGCAAGCUUUUUUAAAAAGGACUUUUAUUUAUAAUCAAUAUCAAAGUAUAUUUUAUAGUAAGCAUUUGAGUUUUUUUUAGCAAAUAAUGAUAAAAUUAUACUCUAUCAUUUCUUUAACUCCUUGGUGAGUCCAAAACAGCCUCAUCCUACUAAAGAAAUUAUUAUUUUAUUAUUAUUUAGUAUUAUUUUAUUAUUUGAUAUAUAUUAGGAUAAUUGUGUUUUGUGUUUUCUGUGUACACAAGUGCUUUUGUAUAUUGUAUGAAGAAUUAGCAUAAGAAAUGUGUCAAUAAAUAUACAUUAUAUUCAA